CAGAAUCUUCAGCAACACUGCUCUGGUCAGAAAAUGUCUGCUCUUAAAACCCUCUUUAAAUACAUUGAUGAACACCAGGACCUCUAUAUUCAGCGGCUGGCUCAGUGGGUGGCAAUCCAAAGUGUGUCAGCAUGGCCGGAGAAGAGGGCUGAAAUCAGACGCAUGAUGGAGGCUGCUGCAAAGGAUAUUGAGCGACUGGGAGGCACAACCCAACUUAUGGAUAUUGGGAAACAAAAGCUGCCUGAUGGAUCAGAGAUCCCUCUGCCGCCAAUUGUUUUGGGAACACUUGGCUCAGAUCCAUGCAAAAAGACGGUGUGUGUAUAUGGUCACCUGGAUGUCCAGCCAGCAGCACUAGAGGACGGCUGGGAUAGCGAGCCCUUCACACUGGUAGAAAGAGAAGGAAAGCUGUAUGGGCGAGGAUCAACGGAUGACAAAGGUCCAGUGCUUGCCUGGCUCAAUGCCUUGGAGGCUUAUCAACAAACUAACCAGGAGUUUCCAGUAAAUGUUAAGUUCUGCCUAGAGGGUAUGGAAGAAUCAGGAUCUGAAGGCCUUGAUGAACUGAUUUUUGCUCAGCGAGACACUUUCUUUAAAGAUGUGGAUUAUGUUUGCAUUUCUGACAACUACUGGCUAGGCAAGAAGAAGCCUUGCAUCACCUAUGGCUUGAGGGGUAUCUGCUACUACUUCAUAGAGGUGGAAUGUAGUGACAAAGACCUUCACUCUGGAGUUUAUGGUGGUUCAGUACAUGAGGCCAUGACAGAUCUCAUUACUCUAAUGGGUUCUCUUAUAGACAAGAAAGGGAAAAUCCUCAUCCCAGGCAUUAAUGAAGCAGUGGCACCUGUUACUGAUGAGGAGCUGGCACUGUAUGAGAAGAUUGAUUUUGACUUGCAAGAAUAUGCAAAAGAUGUAGGAGCAACAAAACUGUUGCAUGAUACGAAGAAAGACAUCCUUAUGCAUAGGUGGAGAUACCCUUCCUUGUCUCUCCAUGGAAUUGAAGGAGCCUUCUCAGCCUCUGGAGCCAAGACUGUGAUUCCUAGGAAAGUGAUUGGCAAGUUCUCAAUCAGGCUUGUGCCAAACAUGACUCCUGAAGAAGUCACAAAGCGUGUUGAAGACUAUGUGAGCAAAAAAUUUGCAGAGCUGCAGAGCCCCAACAAAUUCAGAGUAUACUUAGGCCAUGGUGGAAAACCCUGGGUGUCAGACUUCAACCAUCCCCACUACAUGGCUGGUAGAAGGGCCAUGAAGACAGUUUUUGGAGUUGAACCAGACCUGACGAGGGAGGGAGGGAGCAUUCCUGUUACCCUUACUUUUCAAGAAGCAACAGGCAAGAAUGUCAUGCUCCUUCCUGUUGGAGCUGCAGAUGAUGGUGCCCACUCUCAAAAUGAGAAGCUAAAUAGGUACAACUACAUCCAGGGGGUGAAGAUGCUUGGUGCAUACCUCUAUGAAGUCUCCCAGCUGAAGGACUAAGUCUGUUAGACACCUUACCUUCUGCCUUAUGGAUCAGACAUCUGAAUUUUCUCAAAAAUGUCAUCAUUACAGAGUCUUACAUGGCUCCCCUUUUCCACCAAUGCUCCACUACUUUGGUGGAGGAGAGGGAAGCAUGCAGUUCCAAUUGACAAAGAACAUUCUAUAUGAAAUACAUUUCUCUAAAUGCUUACUUCAAAUGACACAGACUAUUCCUUAUCUGGCCAGUAGUCCUGAGCUGCAUCUUUGUCCCCUCUGUAUCACUUCAAAGUUGUGGUUUUCUGUAUUCACUUUUCCUGUAAAGCAGGAGGAACAGUUUGCCUUCAACUGUUUAAGCAGCCACAUCGGUUCCAGAACUGCCAGCUAAGUUUAAGGUUCUUAUUCCUGGAUAUGUCCUGGAAGUAGUCAGUGACAGAUUAUAGGGCUAUACUGGAAUGUGUUUGAGCUGUAGUGAGGCAUUUAUCUUGCUGAGUGAUUUGGAAGAACAGUUUGUCUCUUACAGUUUAUAUCUGCUUGCAGGUUUCAAUUUACAGUGUACAGGUUAUAACAAAAUUCACUGCGGUAAUGACUACUAGCCACCUCUUUGUAAAGCUGCCUUUGUAUUCCCUAAAAUGGACAAUAAAUAAUCAUGCUCUAGAA